GUCUUAGUUUAGCUGACCUAAAUGGAGAAUGAGCUACUCCAAGCAACUCAAAUAAGACCAAAACUGAGAUGCUAAAUGCUGAAAUACAACUGGAUUGUGUCAGUGCAACGUGGAACUUCUAAUGAUGUGAGAAAAUUAUAUGAAGUAACGGCGAAAUCAUCAUAGCGCGCAAUGUCACAGUUAGCGUUGUAGUUGGCUAGCUAACUAACUAGCCAGUUAAGUUAGACAGUAUCAACCCUGACAGGCUACCAAGUGGUUAACUUGACACAACUGCAUUGAUAGUAAUUUGGUAGCAUGCCGCUCGUCCGUAACGUUUAUUUUCGUUUAGCAGGCAAACUGACAAGCACGAACAACCCUCGAAGUGAGAUGUCUGUGAAUAAUAACUUUGGUGUAAAACCUCAUUGCUAACGUAAGAUAGAUAGUUGUUAAUGUAACUGACUUUGCAUUACCGGUCUUGGUAAGAUUAUACCGCGUUGUUGAUACCCUCUGCAGUUAUCGCGCUCCUACAGUUAGCCAUUGAAUUAGUUUUCUUCAGAUUAUAGAUUGAUUGCCUAUGAAAAUCCAUAAAGUGGAACAAGUGACCAAGAUUUUUAAGAUUGGCGAAUUUCAGUAAAUUCGACCGAUAGUAUACUUAACUUAAAUACGAAUACAAGACAAUGUGGCUUCAACAAAGGCUAAAAGGACUGCCCGGGUUGUUGUCAAGCAGCUGGGCUAGACGGCUUCUAGUUGGACUGCUUCUCUUCCUGAUAUUCUACUGGUACCUCAGUUCAGAUGGAAUCCUGAAAGCACUGAGGAUGUCUGGACAGUCGGGUGGAGUGGCAGAGCUGUGUUUACAGCCAGACAUUCACAAGUGGCAGUCUCUAGUAGACCAGGGAGAGGGCAUCAUGAUGACCUCACAGAGUAAAGAAGGUGUCCCUUUUAUAGUAAGCAAUGGACAAUUCUUGGUGGAUUUGGACUCAAACAAAUUAUGGGUGUCCUCGCACACUCAGCCUGGGUCUGCACCCGUGUAUCAGACAGACUUCUCCCCCAUAGUACAACUGCAGAUCACUGGAAAACGUUCUGAGGCCCAGGCUAUGAUGCUCUCAUAUCAGGAAGGCUCGGUGACCUCCAAACGCUGCAUACUGAUAGGCAGCUCACAGUCCUCCAAAGACUGUGUUCUUGUUCAGGAGGAGAUCAUUGCACACCGCCUCAGACCCAGCGUCUACCUUCAGAGGGUUUCUAUUAGCAACCCCUCAGACAGGACAGCUAAUUUUGAGGUUUCCAUGGAGUCACCUUUGUUUAGGACCAGUGUGGAGAAAGUGGAGGAUAAAGAAUUUCUGCUGUCCUCUGGGAGGGUUCUCUCUGAGAAAAACCAUAUCAUUUUGGUAGUCGUGGCCACAAAGAAGCUGGGUCCAAGGAUCCAGGUUGCUUCUAAGUCUGCAUACACUGAAAAUGUGGUGAAUGUGGUUCAUACCUCAGAACCUACCGAGUUCAGUAAAGUGGAAGAGACAUUCAUUAGGCUUAAAGAGGUGGUCAGGAGAGAGAUGGUGGACCUCCUGAGAGCCAACGUAGAACAUUUAGUGAAGGAGCAUCAGCAGUCAUGGAAAGAUCUCUUCAUCUCUGGUAUAGAAAUGAGAAAGAUUACCGAUGCCCACACUCCUUCCAGCCAUACAGUCAACACUACACUGUACUACAUCCUGUCCACCUCCACAUCGCCUCUGCUGGACCAGAGGGUCACUGCAGAGGUGCGGGAGAAGCUGGAGUCCAGCCUUAACUACGCUGAUCACUGCUUCAGUGGCCAUGCCACCAUGCAUGCUGAGAACCUGUGGCCAGAGCGUGUGACCAGCGUCGCUCAGAUUCUGCAACUUGUCAACCUGUGGAAGCUGACACUGCAGAAGAGAGGCUGUAAGGUGCUGGUGGCAGCAGGAGCACAUGGCAUGAUGCAGGGCAUGGUCCUUAGCUUUGGAGGCCUUCAGUUUACAGAGAACCACCUGCAGUUCCAGGCCGACCCUGAUGUUCUUCACAACAGCUAUUCUCUGCGUGGAAUCCAUUACAACAAGGACCUGAUAAACUUGGCGGUGUUAUUGGAUGCUGAGGGCAAACCGUUCUUGCAUGUGUCCGUCAAACUGCAGGAGAAACCAAUUAAGCUGUAUGCAUGUGAGGCCGGCUGCCUGAACGAGCCCGUGGAGCUGACCUCCGAGAUGAAGGGACACACCUUCCCCGUGAUGGUGACUCAACCCAUCACGCCUCUGCUGUAUAUUUCCACUGAUCUGACUCAUCUGCAAGAUCUGAGACACACAUUACAUGUUAAGGCUAUUCUGGCCCAUGAGGACCACAUGGCCAAGCAGUAUCCUGGGCUGCCAUUCCUCUUUUGGUUUAGUGUGGCCUCUCUCAUCACGCUGUUCCACCUUUUCCUAUUCAAACUCAUCUACAAUGAGUACUGUGGGCCCGGCGCUAAGCCUCUCUUCAGGAGUAAGGAUGACAUCACGGCUUGAACGUGACCCAGUUUCUGCAGCAAUGAGCACUCCUCGGAUCAGUUUCAAGAUUGACAGGAUUUUAAGAUAUUGUUGCAAGCCCUAAUUUCUGCAAAAAACAAACAAACAAACAAACAACUUUUUUGUCACAAAAUAAUCACUAGGUGAAUGUAGCUCAUUUAAAAGGUUUUAAGUGACAGCUGUAAUUUGUAAUGAAUGUAUGAGGAAUCCAAAUCCACUUUUCCUUUUCACAGUUCUAAGACAGCUGUAAUGGAUGGAAACUAUUUGGGAAAAUCUAAUAUGUAGUCAUAUAUUUGAUUAUUGUUUUUGUUCUUGUAGUUGUUUUGUUUUUUUGUUUUUUUUUUAAAUCACUCUGCCCAGGGCUCACAUCUCAUGGUGCUUGUUGCUAUUAAGUCAUGAUUCAGAAAUACAUUAGUUACAUUGUUAAAGUUGAUUGCAAAUCCUCCUGUCUGAGCGCCAUUUGAUUAACUGUGUUAUUGAUACCAUAAGUGGCGGUCUCCUCACG